AUGGCGGACGUCUUGCUCGAUUACUUCCGGAGCACUCUCCCGGAAGAGCUCGCGAGCGUGCUGGGAGACUCCCUCAAAGCUCUCGAAAGUGGGGAUUUUCUGACUGUGCUUCAAAAAUCUGAAGUCCAACUUCUACUAGGCCACCAGGACGACGACAGCACGCGAAAUGUCCACCUCAAGGAUUUCCCGUCAUGGAGUGACUAUCUUUUCCACCGGCUAGGCUUAAUCUUGUCAAAUCGGAGCGGAGACUCUGAUAUCCCGAUCGAAGAGACACCUGCAUAUCGCCAGAACCUGUUCUUCCUUGCCGCGGUUGCCGCGCUUUAUGCGUUCCUACAGUCUACUGUUACGGGCCCUCCGCUUCCCUUCAAAUCGUCAGAGAUCUUGCUUCCUAAAGAUGUCGCAUCUACUGCCUUAGCAAUCAGCAAGCUUAGAGCAGAUCUCGUUGCCUCCUUAAGUGCGGAUGGUGUCGCGGCAUACUCGUUAACACCCAAUGUGGAGCUUUUGUGCCUUGCUGAGACCAUCUUGGUCUGCCCACCGAUCCAGAAGUAUGUGGAGCACUCCUUCUGGGCUAGACUGCGAGUGAACUUCGUUCAUCAGCGGCUGCUUUCGGAACCAGCACCCUCGCUGCAGAAAGCUAUCUACGAUGAUCUAGCGACAGUCGAACGCAUGAUCCUCUCUCGGCCUCAGGAAAGAGAAGCCAAAGAUUUACACGUUCAUUUCCUACUGGAGCGAGCAGCUGUUCAUACCCACCAUGGCUUCGACAAAAAAGCAAAAGCUGACCUAGACCAAGCGACUGCUGAGAGGAAAUUCGAGUUCGCUUUGACUGGUUUGAUGGGCAAGAGAACGAAAUACCAGCAGAAGGAUACCAGCCAGCUUUUGGUCCUGGCACGCAGCGCUGGCUCGGACACAUCUGGAGCACCCAAAGACACGGCGUCGAAACCGAAUGCCUUGGAUUUGAACGACGAUACUUUGCUCGAGUCAAUCUCGUUCACGAAAUCAGCAUCGACUGAGAUUCAGAACGAGUCCUCAUUACCUGCUAGUCUUGCUUCCUUGGAUCCUGAGAACCAGCCUAAAUUAGACCCCUUGGAUUCCGUCAUCCUGCUCGAAAUAGCCUCUUCCAUCACUAAUACUAACCCGGCAGAUGGCAUCACGAGAGAAGAGACAAUUCCAUACGCCACACGAGUUUUGGACGGUGGCAGCUCGAAUUGGCAGGUCUAUACCCAGGCAUUGCUCGUCCGGAGUCGUAUCGAGGGUUACAAGUCUCGAACAAUGGAGCGAGGCUUACUACAGUUGCAGGCUCUUGUGGACCAGGUCAUUGCCGACACUUCUGGCCAAGCGACCACGGACGCGGAAACCGAUACUCAAGUGACUUCAUUCCUGCCGAAGGCGAAGGAAGGAGAGUCUGCACCGGUCAACGAGCGCCUGAGAUAUGUCUUCUCGCUUUGCUCCCCAUCAUGCUGGGAGCUAGAGGCAGAGCUUGCCGCUCGCUGGGUAAGCGUUGGUGGUCUACGGUCCGCACUUGAGAUCUACGAGCGCUUGGAGAUGUGGGCCGAAGCGGCAUUAUGCUGGGCUGCGACUGAGAAAGAAGAGAAGGCCAAGCGCAUCAUCCGACGUCUACUUUUCCAUGCAACGAGCGGCGAUGAUGAGGCAGCUGACCCUGACGAAGAGAAGUGGGAGGGCGCAGAGCGCGAUCCACCUCCGAGUGAGGCUCCACGACUCUACUGCAUCCUGGGAGAUAUUGAUCAAGAUCUGGCGAUGUACGAGAAAGCAUGGGAGGUUUCCGGAAAGCGGUACGCUCGUGCGCAAAGGUCGUUAGGUCAGCGAUACUUUGCAAAGAAAGAUUACGAGAAGGCUGCGGAGGCGUAUGCACUGUCUAUAAAGAUCAAUGGUCUAAAUCACCCCUCUUGGUUUGCACUGGGCUGCGCAUACCUCGAGCUCAUGCGGUUCAAGGACGCCGUAGAGGCGUUCUCACGCUGUGUCCAGCUUGACGAUCAGGACGCCGAAGCCUGGAGUAAUCUUGCAGCAGCACUCUUGCAUUUGCGACCAAAGAUUUCAUCAAAUGAGGAUGGAGAGAUCUCCGAAGCUAAAGUGACCAACCACCCGCGCACCGAUGCUCUCAAAGCUUUUAAACGCGCUGCUGCAAUCAAGCACGACAACUACCGCAUCUGGUCCAACGUCCUCGCCGUCGCAGGCUCAACAAAUCCUCCAUCGUGGCCCGACAUUGUCAACGCACAGCGCCGUAUUUGCGAGAUACGCGGCGAAACAGAUGGCGAGAAGUGCGUCGAUGCAGAGCUUCUAGAACUUCUCGUACGCCACGUCGUCCAAUCCGAAGACGGCUUCGACAUCAGCAAGCCCGGUCUUGCGCGCCUCGUAAAUGAGCUCAUCGAGAAGCACAUCAAGCCGCUCAUCACCGUCUCGCCGUCGCUCUGGACAACCCUUGCUACGCUAUAUAUGCACACUAACCGACCCAGCUCGGCGCUGGAAUGUCAUGAGAAAGCAUGGCGCGCGGUAACGAGUCAGCCAAACUGGGAGACCAAGACUGAGAAGGAGUGGGAUGUCGUCGUGCAGCAGACGGUAGAUCUGGUGGAUGCGUAUGAGACGCUAGGUCCGAGGGAGAGGUCCGAGGGAUUGGCGGCGGGCAGUGGGGAGCUAGUAGCUAAAGACUGGAAGUUCAAGGCUAGGAGUGCGGUGAGGAGCGUUAUGGGGAAGGGGAAGGAGGCUUGGGAGGAUAGUGUUGGUUGGGAUAAACUUAAGGAUAGGCUGGAUGAGCUGAAGAACAGGGACUGA